AUGACAUUAUUGUCCCUCUGCCUCUGGAUUUUGAAGAGUAGUGCUCUUAGGAGUCCUGAAGAAGAAGAUUUGUCUCGAAUGCAGUUUUCGCAGAUGCCAGGUGAUGUUGUUGCUGAAGUAUACACGCAAAAAUUUCGGGAACGUGAGCGCAAGCGUCAGUUAUGGUGUUGUUUCGCGAGUUGGAUGGAGCGUUCCAACGUCGAAGGCGACGACGAGCUGCAGCGCGGCGUUGAAAGAAUACAAAGAGUACGAGAAACAGUGCAGUUCGUGUCAUAUAUUUCUCAAACCCGGUGGGAAUUUUUUUCGAAAAUUACGACUUAUUAA